AUGGAGACAGAACCGAACCUCCUGAACGGGUCCAGCCCAGCCUCUUGGCUUCUCCUAAAAGCCCGGGUGGCGGCGGCGGUGGCUGUGAUAAGGAGCAGACGCCCUGGCCUGAGCGGCCGACAGCACGCAGAGGCUCUGGGCCGCAGACUGAGGAGGCGGGAGGAAGCGUGGAAGGAACGAGCCCAGGCGCUGCAGCAGGAGGUGCUGAGGCUGCGUCAGGAGCUGCUGGUCUCCAGGGCGACGCUGAACACCAGGAGCCAUGUGGAGGCUGCAGGUGACGCCAUCUUGGACGCCGUGUCACAGGACCUUAUUGCUCCAGCUUCUGACUCGCUGACUCCUGAGCUGAUGCUGCAGGAUGCCCCUCCCCCUCCACCCAAACCCAGGGGUCCUCAGACGGACGCGCUGCGUCCUCACAUGCACUUCCUGCUGUCUCUGCUGUCUCUGCAUCGCCUGGACGCCAGCAGCAGCGGUGUGGAGGCUCUGUGUUGGCCUGCUGAGGGGGGCGGGGCCUCUGCGGUGGCAGAAACUCUCUGCGUCCUCCUGGAUUCCGUGGUAACCGUCUUCAAGGAGCCCCCGGCUCUGGGGCUGGCCGACCCGGCGCCGCAGGCCUGCCAGGUGGCAUCCAGAGCCUUGGACCUCCUCUGCUCGCUGAGGCGGCCAUCUGUGGACUUCAUGAGACGUGUGGAAGAGGCGAUGAGGGAGCUGACUCAGAUGCUGCUUCACAGCAAACAUCCCAGCAGGGUGAGUAAUGUUUGCACGCAUCAGAUGCCUCCUAACGACCGUCGCUGUGGAGGACCAGAGCACAGCAGAUGGUCCUGA